AUGCCCAAGUCAUAUGGGAUCACCGGUCCUAUCAGUGAGGAUCUCCCUGAAGAGACUGACCUGAUACAGACCAGAAAGCUGAUCCAAAGUCUGAGAUCAUAUGGUGUGUUCGAGGAUGACUUGGAGCUCCAGCACAGAGAGAGGGUCGUGAAAAAACUGGAGUCACUCUAUAAGGAGUGGCUCAAAGAAAUUUGCAUAGAAAUGAACGUACCCGAAUCUGUGACCGACAAUGUCGGAGGCAAGGUCCUUCCAUUUGGCUCCUAUUAUCUGGGAGCUCACUCAAAAGGUGCUGAUAUUGAUGUCCUUUGUGUCGGACCUGGAUUUCUGGAGCGAAAGGAUUUCUUCACCUCCUUCAAUGAGAAGCUAAAAGCCCAGAAGGACGUCAAAGACAUACGGGCGAUUGAAGAGGCAUUCGUCCCGGUCAUUAAACUGACUUAUGACGGAAUUGAGAUUGACUUGGUCUUUGCCCUGGUUGCAAAGAAGUGCGUCUCUGAAAAUAUAAAUCUUCUUGAUGACAAGAUAUUAAGGGGCAUGGAUAAACGCUGUGUCAGGAGUCUCAAUGGCUACAGAGUUACAGAAGAAAUCCUCAGUCUUGUGCCUAACGUAUUUAACUUCAGGUGUGCUUUGAGAGCCAUCAAGCUGUGGGCCAAACGGCGUAACAUCUACUCCAACAUGGUGGGCUUCUUGGGCGGCAUAUCAUGGGCCAUACUGGUGGCUAGAAUUUGCCAGGUGUACCCCAAUGCUGCAGCGUCCACCCUGGUGAUCAAAUUUUUCAAGGUUUACUCAAUGUGGGUGUGGCCAGUCCCAAUUCGUCUGAGGGUAGUAGAAGACUGCUACUACAGCUUUCCUUUUUGGGACCCCAGGAUUAAUCAAAGUGACCGCUGCCACUUAAUGCCCAUCAUUACCCCGGCAUACCCACAGCAGAACACAUCAUUCAAUGUGUCUCAAUCCACCUUAGCCAUCAUCACAGAAGAGAUCGAACGGGGCCACACCGUCGCUCAAGAGAUACAGCAGGAAAAGGCGAACUGGGCCCAGCUCUUUGAAACGCCAGACUUUUUUGAGAAGUACCAGCAUUACAUUCUGCUGCGAGCAACUUCUGCUACAGAGAAGCAGCAUCUUGAAUGGGUUGGCCUGGUGGAGUCUAAAAUCCGACUCCUGGUGGGGAUUCUGGAAAGAAAUGUGAAUGUUUCCCUGGCUCAUGUUAACAUGCAGCCCUUCCCUGGAUCCAGGAACCCUGAUAACAAAGAUGGAGUGAGCACAUUGUGGCUGACUGGUCUUGUCUUAAAAACAGAGGAAUCUAAAAAUCAGAAAGUAGACCUGACCUCCGACCUCCUUUCCUUCACAGAUACUGUCUACAGCCAGGCAGAGAGCUGUAAGAUCCUUGAAGAGGGGAUGAACAUAUCAGCCACAUAUGUAAAGAGGGAACACCUUAUCUGGAAUAUGCCUAAUGGCACUUGCAAAAGGGUUUUCAAUCCAAAACUGAAGCCUGCAGCGAGCCAUCAGAUCGCUACCAGAGUGUCGCCCACCCACCAACCACCUGUCAAUGUGUGCCAACCAGGCCCAAAGGGAAAAGGCUGGCCUCAAUAUGAGAAGCCAGCCAAGAGGAUAAAAGCUGACAAGGAAUCAGUGCCUGUGAACAAAGGCUCAUCAGUGGAAGUGUCCGGACCCCGCAAACCGACUUCAGCCUCCAUGACUCCACAGACCGCAAAGAGACCUCCUUCUCACCAUGCGGAGACUUUAUCAAAGAGGUUCAAACCUCAAAAGGAACCAACUAAAGAGACGAAACCCACCUGCUCUGAACAGUCCCCUACAGGCGUCUCACUCAGUAUGAGUCCGUCUCCCGGUGUGAGCCCACCAAGGAACAAGAGACCUGGCGCUCCUGAGCUUGAGAUGCAGACCAAGAAACUCAAAUUUGAGCAGCCUACUGUGGAGCUGCCUGAACUGCUUUCCGGCCACACCAAGCCUGUUAAUUUCAUCAAACAAGCAAUCAAACUACAACUAAUCAGCGGGCGGAAGUGAUCAAGCGCCACUGAUUCGCUGAGGAGCCUGAGGAUUAAAUUGUUGCUUUCUUUCUUUC